UUCAGUUCCUCUUUAGAGAUUCUUCGUGUUUGGUCUGAGGCAGCAAAGUGGCAGCGUUAUCCAAGGGCAGGAAUAAUGUUCUCUCCGUCCUUCACCGGCUCACCGUUGGUGGAUACAGGAGAAAAAAGACUUCAACAAUCUCAAAAUUUUGAAAGCUUUCUAUUUUUCUGGAAGGGUGUGUUUGUAAGAACUUAUGAUACUUGUAUACGGUCUUCGGUCUUUUUGAGAAAAAAAAAGGCGUCUGGAUGCACAUGAUAAAUACUCCCUCCGUUCGGUAAUAGAUGACCCCGUCGUAUUUUUUGCGAAACAGUCCUUCUAUUUUUUCCGACCAAUCCCGCGGUCCUCCGCUCCCGACAUAGAACUCCGUCGCUCACCAUUCUUGCUCGCCCGCUCGCCGUCUUGGCUCUCCGACGCCGCCCCCCACCGCCUUCCUCCCUCCCCCGCCCCACGCCGCCUUCCUCCCCCGAACCACGCUGCGAUGCUGCCGGCUCGUCCCCCUCCUCGUUCCCCACCGUCUCAAGCUUCAAUUUUUGCCACAUCGCCGGUGGUUGAUCUGCCGGCAGAAUUGCGGGCGGCGGCCUGGAGCGGCAGUACGCAAGCUCUGACUCCAUACCGAGCCAGCCGGCACACCCGCCAAGGAGCUUCGCCAGCCGCUGCCCUAGCGCCCGCGGCCGUCAAUGCGUGGUCGGGCGCCGCGUCGAUGUUGCCGCUGCUCGGCGCCGCCGUCGCCGACUCGUGGCUCGGCCGGUACCGCACCAUCGUCGCCUCCUUCGUUAUCUACAUCACGUGGCACAAAGGCGAGCUACCUUGGCGUGCAGAAGAGGCCCCCCUCCCUUGCCUUGUGCCCGGCGACCAACAACUGCGUGUCGACGUCCGAGAGGAUAAGCAAUUCCAAUCACUACGCUCCCCCAUGGGACGCACGGAAUUGCUCCUUUCCCUUUCUCUGCUUCUUUUCCUUUCUUUGCUUGGAGGGCGCUACUGCUCUUCUUUCUCUUUCUCUGCUUCGAAGGUGGUGGUGGUGCUGCUACUGCUUGUAGGGUACUGCUGCUUGGAGGAUGUUGCUGGUCUUCUUUCCCUUUCUUUGCUUGGAGGGCGCUGCUGCUCUUCUUUCUCUUUCUCUGCUUCGAAGGUGGUGGUGGUGCUGCUACUGCUUGUAGAGUACUGCUGCUUGGAGGAUGUUGCUGGUCUUCUUUCCCUUUCUCUGCUUGGAGGAAGAAGAAAGGUAAAUUUCAGCAUUCUAGCUUUCUUGCUGGGGGAGCUACAUCUGCUGCUAGGAAACUGGUUGCUCAAAAUGGGACUCUGAAGGCUAUUUGGCCUCACAGUGGCCACUAUCGCCCCACAGAGGAGAACUUCCAGGAGUUUAAAAGCUUCCUCAAUGACAACUUGUUGAUCUCACUGAUGCACCUGAAGAAACUGGCUCUCUUCAGACAACUCAAGUCAUUCAAACAACAUCUACAGAGACAGAAAAACGUGAGGAACCAGUGGUGGCGCGCGAGAAGAUCCUUCAGAGGAGAUGGUGGUAGCAGCUGCACCCCUGUGGUAGCAUCAGCAUCUACAGAAGAACCAGUGGUAGCAUCAACACCAACAUCAACAUCUACAGAUCGUUCAGAGGAUCAACAUCUAUAGAAGAACCUGUGGUAGCAGCUGCACCCCUGUGGCCACGAACCUUGCCGUGGAGAUGCAGAGACACCUUCCCACGCUACAGCAAGGAGGAGAGGAAGAUGGAGCCGCGGCGGAAGAUGGAGCUGCGGCGCCUGAGCCUGGCAGCGGCGGAAGAUGGAAUCGCGGCGCCUGAGCCUGGCAGCGGCGGAAGAUGGAGCCACGGCGCCUGAGCCUGGCAGCGGCGGAAGAUGGAGCCACGGCGCCUGAGCCUGGCAGAGGCAGAAGAUGGAGCCGCGGCGCCUGAUCCUGGCAGCGGCGGAGACGGAGCUCGAUGUGCUGGAGUUACCGGCGCUAUCUUGCUGCCGGAGACGGAGCUCGAGGUACUCGGAGGUGGGGAGCUCGAGGUGCUGGGUGCGGGAGCUCGAGGAGCUGACGCCGGCGACGGGGUCCUAGUGCUAGGGAUGGAGCUCGAGGUUCUGGCCGGCGGGAGAUCGAGGUUCUGGCCGGCGGACGGAGGUUCCGCGCGGUGGAUCGCGACGAGCGGACGGAGAACUGGGUACUGGAUUGUAAUGAUUUCAAAUUUCGGAAGGGCCUUAUUGUAAAAUUGAUUUGUUCACGAUUCCGCCUCCCCUGGAGUCAUCUAUUACCGAACGGAGGGAGUAUGUUUCUUUGCAAAAGCUGGUCUUUCUGUUGUUUGUCACUA